AUGGCGGUUGUGCGGGUGGCGGCGGCGGCGGCGGUAGCAGUACUGGCGUUCCUGGCCGCGUCGGCGGCCGCGCUGAACACGGACGGCCUGGCGCUCCUGGCGCUCAAGUUCGCGGUGACCGACGACCCGGGCAACGGGCUCGCCACCUGGAGGGACGCCGACCCCGACGCCUGCGGCUGGACCGGCGUCACCUGCGCCGACGGCAGCGGCGGCCGGGUCGCCGCCGUGGAGCUCGCCAACCUCUCGCUCGCGGGCUACCUGCCCUCCGAGCUCUCGCUGCUCUCCGAGCUCGCCACGCUCUCGCUCCCCUCCAACCGCCUCUCCGGCCAGAUCCCGGUCGCCAUCUCCGCGCUGCAGAAGCUCACCACCCUCGACCUGGCGCACAACCUCCUGUCCGGCCAGGUCCCCGCCGGGAUCGGGCGGCUCGCCGCCCUCGCCCGCCUCGACCUCUCCUCCAACCAGCUCAACGGCACGCUGCCGCCCGCGAUCGCGGGCCUCCCGCGCCUCUCCGGCGUCCUCAACCUCAGCUACAACCACUUCACCGGCGGGAUCCCGCCGGACUUCGGCGCCAUUCCCGUCGCCGUCAGCCUCGACCUCCGCGGGAACGACCUCGCCGGCGAGAUACCGCAGGUCGGCUCCCUCGUCAACCAGGGCCCCACCGCCUUCGACGACAACCCGGGCCUCUGCGGCUUCCCGCUCAAGGUCGAGUGCGCCGGAGCACGGGACGAGCCAAGAAUCCCGCAGGCGAACCCCGGCAUGGACCCGGGCGCGGCGGCGCAGGUGGGGCGGCCUCCGAAGCGCCGCUCGUCUCCAACAGUGCCCAUUCUCGCCGCCGUCGUCGUGGCGGCCAUAGUCGCCGGGCUCGUGCUGCAGUGGCAGUGCCGGCGGCGGUGCGCCGCCGCGACGAGCAGGGACGAGGAGAAGGAGUCCUCGUCGUCCGCCAAGGAGAAGAACACAACUUUGACGCUCGCCAGCACCGACGAGCGGCGCGGCGGCGGGGAGGAGGGCGAGCUGUUCGUCGCGGUGGACGACGGCUUCGGGAUGGAGCUGGAGGAGCUGCUCCGCGCGUCCGCCUACGUCGUGGGGAAGAGCCGCGGCGGCAUCGUCUACCGGGUCGUCCCCGUCCGCGGCACCGCCGUCGCCGUACGCCGCCUCAGCGAGCCCGACGACGCCGACUGCGCCGAGUCCGGCUGGCGCCGCCGCCGCGCGUUCGAGGCCGAGGCCGCCGCCAUCGGCCGCGCCUGCCACCCCAACGUCGCCCGCCUCCGCGCAUACUACUACGCGCCGGACGAGAAGCUGCUCAUCUACGACUACCUCGGGAACGGCUCGCUCCACUCCGCCCUCCACGGUGGGCCGACGGCUUCGCCGACGCCAUUGCCGUGGUCCGUGAGGCUGUCCGUCGUGCAGGGCGCGGCGAGAGGGCUGGCAUACCUGCACGAGUGCAGCCCUCGCCGGUACGUGCACGGCUGCAUCAAGUCCUCCAAGAUCCUGCUCGACGACGAGCUCCGCGCGCACGUCUCCGGCUUCGGCCUGGCCCGUCUCGUCGCCGGCGCGCACAAGACCGCGCACUCGAAGAAGCUCGGCACCGCGGCGUGCGCGCUCCGCAGCGGCGCGCUGUCGGCGCUGUCGUACGUGGCGCCGGAGCUGCGCGCGCCGGGGGGCGCAGCCGCGGCGGCGACGCAGAAGGGGGACGUGUUCGCGUUCGGGGUGGUGCUGCUGGAGGCGGUGACGGGCCGGCAGCCGACGGAGGGGGAGGGCGGGCUGGAGCUGGAGGCGUGGGUGCGGCGCGCCUUCAAGGAGGAGCGGCCGCUGUCGGAGGUGGUCGACCCGACGCUGCUCGGCGAGGUGCACGCCAAGAAGCAGGUGCUCGCCGUCUUCCACGUCGCGCUCGGCUGCACCGAGCCGGACCCCGAGCUGCGCCCCCGCAUGCGCGCCGUCGCCGAGAGCCUCGACCGGAUCAACUAA